GGCCGUUGAUGCCCCUGUCAUGGAAAUUGCCCGAUGCAUUGACCAAUUGCGGCAGCUCCAGCAGUGAGGCAUCUCCGGCGAUCUGAUCCCUGUUUCCACGUUGGCCGCACGUCCAACCUUCACGCGUGUGCAUGGCAUUGGGAGACGAGAAAGGCAGACGUCGACAUUGCUUGCCUUAUCCUUGACAUCAGUGAGAAGAGAAAGUGGAAGAGGCGGCAGGGAUUCAAGCAAGAGAAGCAGCGGUGAAACUGGGCAACUGGGAAGCCCGCCGAGACAGACCGACACACAUCCCGGUUCAUGCUGUGUCACUGAGGCCAUUCUGCCAGAGGCAGGCACCGGCUCAUGCAUGCCGCUCGUCCACUCCACCUCCCCGCCAUACCCUCGACUGCCUCGACGACUGAGACAUGGCAAUGGCCAAGCCCGCUGCACAAUGGAGUCAGCAGCCGCUCGAGGAGACCACCGGAAAUGCCCGACGGCCUCUGCUAUCCAAGCAGCGAAGUGAUACCAAUGGCUCGCAAGAGAGGCUACACACUGCAUAUCGCGAUACAAAGGCCGCUCGACGCUCGCCCAGCGACUUGCACAACAUCAUGUCCGACUCGGAGGAGGUGAAGCAUCGGAGGGUGUCUAUGAAAGCGAACAACCUGUCCACGAGUCGCAAACGAUCUCGAAAUACCCUCGUCGACAACGGGAAGGCGGGGCAGGGUGACCACGCGGAUGACUCGGCGUGGAUUCAUCGGGACAAGCUUGCGCAGAUUGAGAUCCAGGAGAUGGAGGCGGCGGGCAUUAUUGUCAGACCCUCGAGACGCUCUAUGAGUGCGGACCCUGGUGCGAGCAGAAGAUCGAGUCGGUCGGCCUCUCGAUCACGCAAGCCGAUGAGUGAAGAUUCGCUGCAUGAGCCACUUCCCAACGGCGGGCGCAUUGCGAGCCAAGAUGGGUGCGAAGGCACUCAGCAAGCAGCAAGAGGAGAGCAGGAAUUUGAUCCAGACAUCGACACGGAGUUUCGAACGCCAGAAGAGAUUGCGGCGGAAAGGAACCUGGCGGCAAUACAAAUGCCACGGCCGAGCACAUCACGAAUACCCAUCUCCAAAGCGGGUCCCGUACCCAUGCCUUCGACGGUUGUGGAACGCGACUCUCCCCUCCCGCGCAGCAGACAUGGGAGCAUGAGCAGUGGGAAUUGGGACGAAAUGCAGUAUGCACGAAGAGCGAGGACCAGUAGUAUUGGCAGCCAAGUGUUACUGGAUGAAGAACCGUCCACUUCCGACAACUCCAACAAAAUAUCCUCCGGCGAGGGCUCGCCGACAAAGGCUCGCAUGCCGAUGAAAACGCCUCCAAAGUCCGGCGUGCGGAAAGGAUCAGCGUUCAACGGAGUCGACCGUCCUGGUUCAGCUCGCAAACCCUCUACACCGGCAAGCCAUCGUCCGGGCUCCCGGGCGGGGUCGGCGCAGAAGACUGGACGGCCGUCGACGAGCCAUCAGUACACACCAGAAGGCGAUCCGCCGUGGAUAGACAGCAUGUACAAGCCGGAUCCUCGUCUGCCCCCCGAUCAACAGAUGCUUCCCACCCACGCCAAACGCAUGAUGCAGGAGCAGUGGGAAAAGGAAGGCAAGAGCGGGACAGUCUACGACCGCGACCUCAACCUCCUCACGGACAAGGAACUGCCCAUGCCGCCGUCGGCGAAGAUGCGGCCUCCGCCUCUUACAGUCGAUCCGAAUGCGAGCAAUGCUGCAGAUGCGUGGCCGCUCGCCUCGAGUAUUGAUCCAGACAUGCCCCCUCCCAGUCCUCGUCCCAGCACGAGAGGAGGGUUGAAACUCACGCCAAAAAUAUCCGCACCACCGUCGAUACACAAGGCCACUCCGCCACCGGCCGCAACAAUGCCGACGCAAAGCUUGCGAGUCCCGGAGCUGGAUGAAAAGCAAGAAGCGCAGCAGCAGAAGAAGGGAGGCUGCGCUUGUUGCGUGGUCAUGUGAAGGGCAUGGACAAGGCUUCUAUGUUUGUGGUUUGCAAUUGGAAGAAUGCACGAUAGCUUAGCAUUCCUUUUGUAUUUCGCCAGGGUUUGAUAGCGUUUUGGGCGACCGGGGCAUUGCGGGUUCCCUUCUUCUUUUAUAUAUCCGUCUUCAAGCGAUGCCUUGGUAGCGUUCAGUACUGAAUUGUUUUUCUCUUGAAUAUUC